AUGCAGGGGCUACCGGGUGAUGGCGGAGCACAGCUGCAAGCAAAACUUACUGGGAAGCCAGAAGUGGUGCACUAUUGGUGCGCCAAGAAAUCCGAUGAUUUCUUUGACCUGUGGCUCAAUCUCGAGCUGUUCUUACCUGGCGUAAUUGGUUGCUGGGCGGAUAAUAUGAAGUUAGCAUACAAUACAACAACCAACAGAACAUCAGACAUGCCAGGUGUCAUUAUUCGCGUUCCGGGAUUCGGCAACACAAGCACUGUGGAAUGGCUUGAUAACUCGAAACGCUCGGAAGGCAGAUACUUCACAGAUAUUGUUGAAGCACUAGUGCCACUCGGAUACAGGCGUGGCAAAAGCAUUGUGGGCGCACCGCUUGACUGGAGACGAGCCCCGAGCAUGUUUUUUAUUUUUGAAAAUUUUAAAAUCUGGACAAAUCGACAAAAACUUCAUCGAUAUGACCUGAAUAUGAAGGGCAACAGAUCAGAAUUAGCUACUCAGGGCAGAAGGAUCAAGUGCAGAUUAUUUAGAGAAUGGCUUCGAUUUUCUUUGAUAACAAUGAUAUUGGUUGCCCGUGAUGAAUAUGAAACUUAUUACGCAAAUCUAAUACAGCUGAUUGAGGACCUUUAUCGAUACAACGGGCGAAGGAAAGUGUUGGUAAUCGCGCACAGCAUGGGCAAUCCAGUGAUGCUCUACUUCUACAAUAACAUAGUCUCGCAGGCCUGGAAAGACAAGUUCAUCCAUUCGCAUGUAUCGGUGGCUGGCGCUUGGGGUGGUGCUCUGCAGAUCGUCCGUCUUUUCGCUUCAGGUGAACAUCUAGGAUACAACAUGAACCACUACCGCAUUCUGUUGCCGCCGAGUACUCUGCGUGAUAUGCAGCGAUCAUUUACCAGUUCUGCUUUCCUGUUUCCAAGUUACAAUGUCUGGAAUGACUCCGAAGUUGGUCCUUUGUUGUUGCUUCACCCAAAAUAUUCGGUGUUGGCAGCAGUCGGCGACAAAAACUACACGCUGAAAAAUGUGGAAGAAUUUUUCAACGAUAUCAGAUACGAAGUAGGCUUCAGUCAGUAUCAAAACACGGCUCACCUAUUGGGCAAAUUUAGCGCACCAAAAGUCGAGGUGCGUUACGUUUUUAUCAGUGCUCUUUACGUAGUGGAAAAAAGAACUAUUUAA